ACUCAUUUCAAAAGAUCAUAGACUUUGAGUGUAUACAUGGCUCUAUAUUACGCAAGACGGUCGGUAUAGAUCCGUUUUGAUUCGACAGUAGUAUGUAACCAUGGGGCGAUGCCAAAUGCCAAGGGCCAAGUUGUCGGCGAUUAAAACGUAGCCGAGCAUGUUGGCAUAGGCGCACGUACUACGCACUUGGCGGACGAGGAAUAUUAUAUAAUGGCUAUGGUCAUCAACCUUUGGAAUAGCAUUCCAUCCAUCGAAAACAAAUCUUACACACUAUAAAGAACAUGCCUUUCUUCAAGCACUCUUCAAAAUCCUCUGCAAGCUCUACAUCUGGUACUUCUGCCUCUUCCACCAAGACUGCAAGCACAAAGCAAGCAAAGAAAGCCACUCCUCAUGUCUUCUUUCCUCCUUACCCCAUGCAACACAGUCCAAUCAAUCGCAUGUAAUGCCAUUUAAAGCAUUAGAAGCGGCCCUUCUCUCAGCCUUUAUGUAUUCUAGAAAGUUGUACAAAUUCGCAUAAAAAUAAAUAACAUUUGUAAUUUA